AUGGAUGCCUUGUUGGCAGUCGCGGUGGAAGAGAUAGCCUUGGAGGGCCAGGAAGGCUGCACUGCUGAGGAGCUUUGGACCCUUCUUGGGGCUCGACUCCCCGUCGGUUCCAUAACAUGCCUACCGCCUCAGCUUCAGGAUGUGUUGUGGGGCCUACUGCUUCAACGUAUGGAGGAUGUCCAAUUUUUCACGAUGCCCUCAUUGAACGACUUCCCAUGUUUCUCGUCCUGGCGCAUACUGCCUUGUAGGGCUUCAAAGGCGGUGGACGAGGUGGAGGAGGCAGAGCCGAAGAAGAGCAAGGGAAAACGCGCCAAGAAAAAGUCGGAAAACAACCCCAUGGCGAAAGCAAUCGUGCUGUCACCGGACGAUCCCCAAAUAAGGACCCACGCCACAGCGGCCGCCAACGGAGUCAAGGUGAUGGCCUCGGAGGCUGUUCGUUUUUCGGUUCUGGGCGUGUAUGAGAUCCAGGACUCUAGGUUUCCGCUGAGCGACAUGCAACUGGCGGCGCUGGCGGUGGUGGGGCGCACGCGCUGGAAGGGCACCAUCAAUGCCGAUCUGGCCAACCGCCUGGGCAUUGCCUACCGCAACUUUUACUACAUCAUCAAAAACCUGGAGACUCGGAAGCUCGUGGUGAAGAACCCCGUGGUUUUCGCGCCGCCCGGCGCCACCGUCACCGUGUCUUCGGUGCUGCACCUUCCCAGGUUCCAGCCGGCAGUAAAGCUGGGCCCGGGACAGAUGUUCAAGACGAUUGACGCGGUUCGCGGCAUGGAGGUGGCCACCUACGUGCUGCAGGACGACAACAUGUACAUGCGGCUGGUGUGCAGCACCAUCGCGGAGACGACGGAGCGGGUGGUGGUGGAGUCGGACCUCAAGCUGGUGUGCGGCUUCAGAGGCACACGAGGGCAUCGUCUGUGGCGCAGGCUGCGGCGCAAGAUGGAGGAGCAGGGCUACCUGGCGUUCGAGACGUGUCGUGUUCGCGAACGGCUGGUGCCGUGUGUGCGGCUGCUCAAGGACUGGAAGCCCCCCACAGCAGCGGAUCGUGACGAGCCGCCGGAGGGAGCUGGGGAGGAGGGCGAGGAGGCCGACGAGGACGACAUGGAGGGUGCUGGCGGCCGCGCCUGCAUCCACGUGACGGAGCUGUCCCUGGAGCGCCAGCUGCUGGAGGGAAUCAUGUCCGCGGGCCCCGACGGAGUGCUCAACCACGAGCUGUUCUCCAAACUGGGCGUCAGCUCCAAGGUGUACGGCAGGAAGUUGGUGGAUAUCAUCAAGCGCUUCAACCUGCAGGUCACGGUCGUCAACCGCGGCCGCACCGUGCUGAACCGGUUGGUGGCCCCACCGGAGCUGCUGGCGGCGGCAGGACACCUGUUACAACCGCCGGCAGGGCCUCCAGCCGUUGACGCAGCCGGCGGCGUUGCAGGUGGGGCUGCUGCGAGGACGGCUCCUGCGGUUGAGGAGCUGGCGCAAGGCGCGGUGGCGACGGCGACGGCUGCCGGAGGUGAGGACCCAUCCCGUACGCUGGCGGCGGCGGCUCCAGCAGCGGCGGCGGGAACACCAGCAGGAGCGGCGGCGCCAGCGGCCGCUGGGGCGACCAAGGCCGCCGGGAAAACAAAAUCGACGGGAACGAAGUCCAAAGGGAAGACGAAGGGUAAAGCUAAGAAGGACAAGGCAGAUGCAGCGGACGGUGCCGCGGCCGCCACCGCGGCUUUGGUGGCUGCAGAGACACCGGCAGGGCGACCUAAGCGUUCGGCAGCUGUGAAGGCGAGUCAGAGCGCCGCCGCGGUUUUGAAAGCCCUGGGCGGUGUAGACGCCGGUGACAGCGACGACGAAUACGAUGCCGAGGCUGACGCGUCACAUGCGAUGCAGGCGGGCGAGAGCAGCAGCGGCGGUAGCAGCGAUAAGGAAGAGGAGGACGCCAGCGAGGAGUCAAGUGAAGAGCUGGAGGCCGAGGAGGAGGAGGAGGAGGAGAAGGACGAGCAGCCGUGCCGUGGCAGGCGGGGCCCAGGCCGGCCGCCCAAGCGCCCGCGCAUUACUGAGGACUCUCCGAAUGCGCUGGCAGCGGCACCUGCGGCGGCAGCGGUAGCGUUGACGCCGGCACCGGCUCCCACUCCGGCGGCCGUCCAGCUUGAUGCCUUGGCCGCCGCCACGGCCGCCACCGCUGGUGCUGCUGCCGGCGAACGUUCCACAGGGACUAAGGAGCGGAAGCCACACUGGACCAAGGUCAUUACCCUCAAAACGGAGGACCGAUUGCGGCUGCUGCUGGAGCACCUCAACAAGCACCGCUUCAUACCCCGGGUGCAGGUUCGUCGGCUGGUGAUGGAGUGGGAGAGCGCCGCGAGUGGCAAGCCCAUCCCCAACAGCUCUGCCGGCCCCGAUAUUAAAACCAUCCGCCGUCUCAUGAUACGGUUGGCGGAGUCGGGCAAGGCCAAGCUCAUCCGAGUGGAGACCCAGGGCUUCCUGGGCGACAAUAGGCCGGUCGAUACGUUGAUUCGACCCGACCUGGAGCCCACUCCGGAGCUGUUGGACGAGAUUUGCAAACAAAUGGGGGAGUUCGAGCGCAAGCUGCGAUCUGAGUGCUGCAGGAAGGCCCUAGCGGCCCGCAAGGCGGUCACCAUGAUUGAGUACCCCGUCGGCAACCUGCUGCCGGAGGCCAUGGUCACGGCCGCGGUGGCGGCGGGAUCCGCGACGGCGGUAGCGGUGGCGGCGGCAGAAGCCGCCGCCGCGGGUGCUGCUGGCGGUGGCGGCGCGGCGGCGGCCGGCGGUGCUGUGGGCACCAUCGACGGGCUUGAUGAGACCACAGCUGGGCUUCUUGGGGCUGUGGGUCUGGACGCCGGAAACGAGGAACCGGGGUUGCAUGGCCGCGAUGGUGGCGGCGGCAGCGGCGGCGGUGGCGCUGUCGAUCGGGGUCGCGGCGGCACACAGUCCCCCGCAACUGCGGCGGCGGCCGCCCGGCUGCGCAUCGGCCGCGGCGUCAGCCUCUUCCGUGCCGUACACAACGAGGCGACUGCACGGUCAGUUGAGAACGGCCUCAUCCCUGCCAAGAUGGUGCGGGUGCGGUUGCUGCAUUACCUCAUCGCCAAGCUCGUAGGUAGGUGGGCGGGCCUGGGCGGCUUCGAGUCCGAUUCGCUGGCAUCUGUGGACCCCGAGCCAGGCGGCAUGCCCCACAUGCCCCUCAGCUGGGGUGAGGAGGUGCUCAGCCUGGCCUCAGCCACGGAGCGGUCCAAGAUGGCCUUUGCGUUCGGAGCCAUGAAGGGGUCGAGCGCGCAGGGCGACCCCCAGAAGCAACAACAGCAGGGGCAGCCGGGCCAGGGCCAAGGGGCGCAGCAAGGACAGCAGCAGGGCGUGGCGGAGGGGGGUGGGGAGAGAGCCGCGGGUGGAGCCGCGGGUGGGCCAGGAGAGGGUGGUGACGGUGAGGCGCGCGGAGGUGGAGGAGGAGGAGGAGGCGUGGAGGUGACGGGGGCGACUGCGAGACAGGAGGCGCCGGCAGCGCCGAUGCGUCACCUCAGCGUACGGCGGCUGUGGAGCAUCAUGCCGCUGAGUGUGGCGCUGCAGGUCUUGGGCAGCACCUCCCGUCGCCACCCUGAGGAGCUCGCCCGGCUGUGCGAGAGCGGCGCCACGCUGGGCUCCCUCACCCCCGACCAGGCGCGCAACAUCAUGGACGGCACUUCCGUGCACCGCCUGGAGUACCUCAUCAGCAUACUGCGCAGGCUGCGGCUGCUGGAGUGGGCGGUGGUGGACCCCUCGCGGCUGGAGGCCUCUAGGAAGCCCGGCCCGGGGGCCGGUGUGCGGGCGCGGGACGGCCAGGGAGUGCGGCUGCUGGUGCAUGCCAGGGGUGUGCUGGAAAUACCACCCGGCAAGGAGCUCUCACACAACCCGCCACAGCCGCCGCCGGCACAGCCCGCCACCGGGGUGGGCGCUGAAGGUGCCGGCCAUGCGGCCGCCGCACCGGAGGUGGCCGCUGGCACCGCAGCCGGCGGCGGCGGCGGCGGCGGCGGCGGCACCCCUCCGGUCGUUGUCGCCGCCCCCACGGGCUUCACCGCUCUGGCUGGUGGCAGUGGGCGGUUCGUGGAGGUGGACCUGAGCACCUCUGAGGGCUUGGACGAGUACUGGCGGCGGUUUGAGGAGCUGUACCGGCUGACCGGCAGUGCGCACGCGGAGGUGCAGAGGCUGCGGAGGUGCUUCCCGGCGACCACCGUACCUGAGGUGCUCAGUAGCAACAGCUGGUAUGGGCAGCGGCUGAUGACGGCGGUGCAGUGGCUCAGGUUGCAGGCAGGGCUGGAAAACAUCGACUUGGCGGACGGGAAGCAGAUUACGAACCUGGCUGCACAGUUGGGUAUCGAUGUGGAUGUGGUGGCCCGCAUCGUGUCGGACAAGCGUCGCCGCCUGAACAGACUUACGGACCCGGGGGCGGCGGAGGGGGGCUCGGCGGAGGAGGGGGAUGAUGACACGGGCGGCGGAGUGCCGCUGCGACUGGCGCGACUCGCUCCCGCCGCCGUCCACGGCCAGGGCCCGGCGGGGCAAGGGAAGGGCGGCCGUGGUGUGGGGGCGAUCUCACCGGGCGUACAGGGCGCUGCUGACGAAGCACUGCCGGCGGAGGAGAGUCCGACCUCGAGGGAGCGGCGUGCUGCAGAGGAGGCGGCACGCAAGGCGGCGCGCAAGGCGCUGCGGGUGGCGAAACGCGAGGAGAAGGAGGCGGCAAAGGCGGCGCGGCGGGCCAUGCGGGCCUCGGGCACAUUCGUGGUGCGGCGGCGCUCCCGCGCGGAGAUGGAGGCAGCCGAGGCGGCGGGGCUGCACCGGCGCAAGAGGCGGCGGGUGACUGGGAAGGAGGACGAGGACGGUGCCGGUGGGGAGGGUGGAAGCCAGGAGCAGCAGCAGCAGCAGCAGCAGCGCCGCAAGCGUGCGUACCCAGUACCCAGUACCCAGUACCCAGUACCCAGUACCCAGUACCCAGUACCCAGUACCCAGUACCCAGUACCCAGUACCCAGACUGUCAAUGACAUGUCAAGACUCAUCCUUCCGUCUGUGUCCACACCGCCGCACAUGAUCAUCCUCAGUUCCAGUGACACCGGUCCGGCCCAGCCCGCCAGUGCCGCCCAACUGGCAGCCAGAGACGGCGCGCUCGCUGCCGUCGGACCCGGCCGCGAUCGCCUGCACGGCGCCCUCUUCAUGCUGUACGAAAACGCAGCCGCAGCCGCUGCAGGCGGCGGCGGCGGCGAGGACGAGCAUCACCGACGCCGCGGUAGUGACACCGACGGCGGCGACGGCGGCGGCGGCCUGGGCCCCGCCGUGCGCAUGCCUGACAUGGCCGCACCCAGCCGCGUGACUCGCAUCCUGUGGACCGCCUCCGAGGACCGCGUGCUGCUCACGGAGUACGUCAAGCUGGCGGCGGAAGUGGGCCCGCAUGUCCGGCUGCCCUGGAAAACACGCGCUGCCGUACUGCCGUACUCUAUCACAAUCUGCAUCCGCCACAUCCGCUACCUGAAGCGCCACUAUCCCAGUUACACCGGUCGGCUGGACGAGCUGCUCCGUCGCGCCCACGAGCGGAAGGCCCAGCUGCAACUCAUCACGACAAGCCAGGAGGCGCGUACGGCCGCCUAUGCGGAGCGACUGCGGCGGCGGCAAGCUGGGGAGCCUGUACGGCCGCUGGGCCCUGACGGGUAUGAGGUACAGGAUGAUCCUAAGCCGCAGCUCCCCCGGGAUCCACUUCAUGUCACACGAGUGAUCGUGGGGUCGGCGGCGGGAGAGGGCCGCGGCCUGGAGGAGGUGGAGGAGCCGGAGAUGGAGAUAUCUACCGCCGCCACGGUGGCGGCUACGGAGGCGGACGUGUUGGCGCUUGAGGCGCCGCCUGCGGACCCCGAGGAGGCGCUGAUGAAGCGUUUGUCGGAUGAGGAGGGGGAGAAGAAGGUGGCGAUUGAGGCAGAGCGGGAAGCGGUGAUCGCGGAGGCGCUGGCGCUGGUGGAGGAUUUUGUGCUGGUCAUGCCACGCCGUAUAUCCCAGAAGAAGCGAGAGCUGAUGCAGCAGCGGGGUGACCUGGACCUGGGCGAGAUGCCGGCGCAGAACGUCACGAAUGAGACGCAGGUCCGCCGCCGUACCGCGGCGGCGGUGCGGCGCAGCCUUGGCGGCACACUGCAGGAGGUGGAGGCCGCUGCCGCCAUCGGCGACGAUGAAGGCGGUGGUGACGGCGACGGUGCAGCUGCCGCCGCUAAUCCUGCCGGGCCAUCCAGCGUAGCGCCGGCGCGCAGUCGCCGUCCUGGCGGUAGUGGCGCCGCCACCGGUGGCCGGCUGAUCUUGCAGGCGCGAUUAGCACUACCACAGCCUUCAGCAGUGCCGCCGCCCUCGGUGUCUGUCACAGCAGCAAUAUGCAUGCUGGUGUCGCUGCUGUUCAGUGUGCGUGCUGCGGGAGGCGCCGCGGCCUGGGCGUCGAACCUGGUCAUGGAGGCGCUCGCGGACUUUGGCCGGCGUUUCAGUGCCGAUGUGAAGACUGCGGCGCUCAAGCAGAUGCAGCUGCGCGGCUGGCUCGCUCGCUCCGGGCCCCGCCGCCAGCUGGAACUGACACCGGCUUUCAUGAACCGGCUCACUGGCGUGGAGAUCCCUCAAGGCCUGCUGGGCCGUUGCGCGUCCGCGGCGGGCAGGAUGGACGAGCUGCUGGCCCAGGCACGGCGUGCUGCACAUCGACAGGACUCCGAGGAGAUGGAUGUCGACGCCGUGGCACCGUCGCCCCAGGACCGUGCCUCUGGCGGUGAUGGUGGUGGUGAUGGUGAUGGUGACCGCACCGGGGUGGAUGCUGUUGAGCGCAGCUGCACGGUGGACGCGGCUCGCGGUGCGUUGGUGCUUGAGGCCCAGGACCAGCUCCCUAGCGAGUUGGUGGCAGUGGUGUUGGCCCGUCAAGCACUGGGGCAGGUGGAGCUGCUGCCGGGCGCCGUGAACAUGCAGCCCGACUGGGCCGGUCAGGCCGCCACUGCGGGCAUACUAUUGACGUCAGUACAGCUGCUUGUCGUCCCGCAGCAGAACGGCAGCGACAGCGGUAAUGCCGCUCGAGGAGGGUUAGCUGGCUGCUUGUCGGUGGUGCCACAACCGGCACCGGCGGCUGGGACUCGUCUUGCGGUCACCGCGGACGGCAGUGCCGCCGCUGCCACUACCAACGUCGCGGCACCGUCGCAGCCACGCGACGGAACGUCUGAUGAUGAUAAGGCGGAGGAGGAUGGUAAGGAGGAGGAGGAUAAGGAGGAGGAGGAGGAGGAGGAGGGCAAGAGCAGUCAUCUUCCGCCGAAGCUGCAGCAGCAGCAGCAGCAGCAGCCCCGACCCCACCGGGAUGGCGGAGUAACUAGUGCAACACGGGCCCAGGUCGGCAUCGAGUUCCAGGAUCCGGAUCCGGAUCCAAGGCUCCUCAAUUCUGGCGGGCCCCCGCAAGUACUGGCGCCGCUCUUCAAACCAUCGAUGGUGGCAAGCGUCCCCUCGACUCGAGCCGCAGCGAGGGCAGCAUCCAGGGCGUACCUGGCGACGGAGGCGCCAUCAUGUCAGGCCCUGAUGGAGGAGCUGGCGGAGGCGGUGGAGACGCUGCUGGAGGUUGCUGCAGAUAGCGGCCUCACAGUUCUGGAGCUGUCAUCCAAGCUGCAUGAGGCCGCCAGCAGCAGCGGUCUUGUGCUGGGUACUGCGCAAUCGCAGAAUGGAGGCGUUGGGUCGCCAGCAGCAACGGUGGUGGCGCCGUCGGCGCUGAUGCUGUCGUCACCACCGUCACAACGCUACUUGUCGUUGGUGCUGCGGGCAUUGGAGCUGCACGGCCUUGUAUGGCGUGUGGCCGGCUGGGACGAAGUUCGCUUCUUGGCGGCACAGCAUUGCCAGGACGCAGUCCUGGAGGUUGUCAACACUGAUGCCGCUGCUCCGGCUGAGCUGGCGUUACAACCAGAGGGAACUGCUGCCGCCAGCUCGGAGGCGGACCAAGCGGCACAAGCGGCCUGCAGCGCCACUGGCACCACUGGCACCUCCACGACAGCAUCCCGCAUGGAGCAUCCCGCAAAGGAUGCCGAUGCAGGCAUUACUGCAGCAGCUGCAGGUACGGGGUCAGCACCAGUGCGGCAGCGGGUGCUGCGGCCGUGGUUGGACUACCGUGGGUCCGUCAAUGAGCAGAUGUGGGGCGCACUGCUGCAGCGGGUGCUGGGCUUGGUGAUGCGGCACCCGGGCAUACCUGAGGAGCUGCUGGUGGCCUCCAUAGACGUGAUCCCGCCUCAGGCCUGCAGGGAGCUCCUGCAGCACCUGGCAAAGCAUGGCAGGGUAGAGGCGCGUACUACUGUGGCUAGGCCGCAGCAGCAACAUAGGCCCCGGAGGCCGCUGCUGCUUCUGCUGGGAGAUGGACGUGGAGGAGGUGUUGGGGCUGGUGGCGGUGAGGGCGGGGCAGGCGGCCGGCCGGUGGUACCGUCGGUGCAUUACUUCCCUGUCCUGGAGCAGUAUGCGGGGUCAGGCAUGCUGACAUUGCCGCCACCGUAA